UAUGAGGAAAUAGCGUGCAUAUUGAAUCGAUAAGCUGGAUUAAAUCUCCCGUGUGUAUCGGCGGAAGAAGGCGAGUCGCCGGUAGUUAUAAUAACGACACAGUUUAGAGGUACUCACACUAGUACAAACCGAGGAAGAUGGAGGGUACAGUAAAACCAGCCGCAAACUUUAAUGCAGAAAAUGAUGCCAAUGCCCUCCGAAAGGCCAUGAAAGGACUUGGCACAGACGAGAAGAGCAUUAUUGAUAUCUUGACGUCACGAAACAAUGAACAACGACAGGAAAUAAAGGCUAUGUUUAAAACCAUGUUCGGCAAGGAUCUUGUGAAGGAGUUGAAGAGCGAGUUGAGCGGGAAAUUUGAAGACGUCAUCGUGGGUCUGAUGAUGACGCCAGUGGAGUAUGACGCGUCAGAACUCAAAAGAGCUAUGAAGGGCGUGGGGACGGACGAAGACGCUAUGAUAGAAAUCCUAGCCAGCCGCAAUAAUGCCCAGAUCAGAGCUAUUAACGAAACAUACAAAAAAUUGUUCAAGAACACCUUAGAGAAGGACAUAGAGAGCGACACUUCCGGUCAUUUUAAAAGACUUAUGGUGUCCCUGGCCAGUGCGGGACGAAUGGAAGAUCAACAAGUCGACUUGGGCAAGGCAGAACAAGAUGCUAAGAGACUGCAUGAAGCUGGGGAGAAGAAGCUGGGUACGGACGAGUCGGUUUUUAACUCCCUCCUGGUCUCCCAAAGCUUUCCCCAGCUGAGGGCUGUGUUCGAGAAAUACAAAGCGCUGAGUGGGAAGGAUAUCGAACAAAGCAUUAAGAGCGAAAUGUCGUGUAACCUAGAAACCGGAAUGCUUGCCAUAGGUAACCUUAGCAUGAUACUUUAGGAGUUUUAUAAAAUG